GUGAGCUGAAACCCGGGGUUUCCUUGUCUGUGACUGGAGACCAUCAAGCAGGACAGGCAGAUGAUAACAGCAUCCAGUGCUGUUGAUCACUUAGCUCAAUGAACUGCUCAAAGAGAAGCCACUGAUCGCGCCUGCUGCUUUUUGCAGCGCAGAGAUACUUGAUCAGUGUCUACAACAAUCUGCGUCCCCCUUUUCCAUUUUUUUUAUCCUUAUGAGAUUGUUUUUUUCGUAGACUUCUGCUCCAGAGCUCAAGGUCUCGCCUCCGCCAUGGUGCUAGGAAAGGUGAAGAGCUUCAUGGUGAGCUACGACUGCUUCAAUGACAGCAACGUGCCGGUGUUCUCCAGCGGAGACUGCGUCUCGGGGAGGGUGGUCGUCGAGGUCACCGGGGAAAUCCGCGUCAAGUCUCUCAAAAUCCACGCCAAGGGCUUCGCAAAAGUUCGCUGGACCGAGUCGAGAAACGCUGGAUCCAACACUGCCUACACCCAGAACUACACGGAGGAAGUGGAGUACCUGAAUCACAAAGACAUCUUAAUUGGGCAUGAGAGAGACGAUGACAACUCAGAGGAAGGACUCACUACCAUCCAUGCAGGAAGGCAUGAGUACGCAUUCAGCCUCGAGCUUCCACAGACACCUCUGGCUACCUCUUUCGAAGGAAAGCAUGGCAGCGUGCGCUACUGGGUAAAGGCAGAGCUGCACAGGCCAUGGCUGCUGCCAUUGAAGACCAAGAAGGAAUUUACAGUCUUUGAGCACAUUGACAUCAACACUCCAUUAUUGCUGUCACCACAGGCUGGCACUGCAGACAAGACUCUUUGCUGUUGGUUCUGCACCUCAGGUCCUAUUUCCCUAAGUGCCAAAAUUGAAAGGAAGGGAUACACCCCAGGAGAGUCGAUUCAAAUCUUCGCAGAGAUCGAGAAUUGCUCGUCCCGGAUGGUGGUGCCAAAGGCGGCCAUCUACCAGACCCAGACCUUCUAUGCCAAAGGGAAGAUGAAGGAGGUCAAGCAACUGGUCGCCAACCUGCGGGGAGAGUCUCUGUCGUCUGGCAAAACGGAGACCUGGAAUGGCAAGAUGCUGAAGAUUCCUCCUGUUUCGCCCUCCAUCUUGGACUGCAGCAUCAUCCGAGUGGAGUACUCUCUCAUGGUCUACGUGGACAUACCGGGGGCAAUAAACCUGUCCCUUAACUUACCCCUGGUCAUCGGAACCAUUCCUCUCCAUCCAUUUGGCUCCCGCACGUCCAGCGUCAGCAGCCAGUGCAGCAUGACCUGGCUGAGCAUUGGUCUACCAGAGAGGCCUGAAGCUCCUCCAAGCUAUGCAGAAAUUGUGACAGAAGAGCAGAGGCAAGGCCGCCUGGACGCCCAAGCUGUCCGAGAGGAACUAGAGGGUCCUCUUUUGGCCUAUAUUCACGAGUUCCGCUUCCAGCCCCCUCCUCUGUACUCUGAAAUUGAUCCUAACCCAGAUCACUCCGGCUGUGCAGAGGAGCGCAGGCUCGAUGCCUGUCCAUCACGCUGAGCGUUUCUUGAAACUUACCCCGAGUGAGUCAGGGUACCUAAAGAAACCGCCUUGAAAGGCUGAACUUUGAACAUUUUCUCAGAUGACAACGUUGACACAAUGCUGUUGAGAUCUGGAAAAAGCCGUGAGAUCUGACCUACAAAAGACUUGCCCAACGUCGAGCUGGACGGGGCGACGCGUUCCGCCUUUUCCUCAGAAAAAGAAAAAGACUUCUCCGCUGUGGGGUUUCACUAUCUUCCUGAGGAAUAUUCAGCCUGUGUGGAGGCUAGCAGUGGAGCCCUGGUGAGGAAGUUGGAAGAGAAGGAAUCACCAAGGCUCAGCCUGCCAAGCUCCUCUUCAGCCUCAACUCUUCUGUAUUUGUGGCACAUUGAGGAUAUGGCUCCUUACACAAAGGGGGAAACUAACCAUGUCCAGACUUCAGCAGAAUCACUUUAAAAACAUGGGAUUAUUGAAGGAAAGUAACUGUUCUAACAAUUGUAGUCUGUAUGAGUUAAGGCUUGCAGCAGUGGCUCAAAACAGAGCAAAGACUAAUUCCUUUUGCCUCGUGGGGGAUUUUUGUUUUGCACAUUUUUGUUCUUUACUUGAGUUGGGUGGCUCUGUUUAAUUUUUUUUUUUUUUUUUUUACAUAAAUCACUAAUAGUUUGCUUUCAGUUUUGGAAAAGACCAGACCGGAAAAAGCAGACUGCAGGCUGAACAGUUGAGACUAUCAUCUGCAAAAUGUUUGACUUUUGAAAACAAAAAAAAGACUGAAAAGAACGAAAUGCACUGAAUUUAUUUUGAGCAGUUAACGAUUUUUCUGUUUUUCAGUACAUGGCGACUAAUAAGUCUACCUACGGUUUUUUAUGUUUUUUUUUUGCUAUAAGUGUAGGUGGAAGCUGUUAAGUAAGGCGUUGCCUCCGUAGUUUGAACUCCCGUCUAGCUUCCUUCCUUUUGUGUUGCGUAGUUUCUGUUAUUCUCUCUCUGUAUCUUGAACUGCUAAUAGCUUUUUCUGGGUGUUUGGUUCCAAGGUUGCUCUGGCUUCGGACUAGUGAGGUUGCAGUCCUGCUUUUGCCACUCAAAACGUAGCCGAAAAGAUAAGUGUGUAUUUUAGAGAGACUCAACCCUAACUGCCUGCAGCCCCUCCAGUCCUUGUGCCAGAGUAUAUCCGACUGGCAUUACUGCCCUAAAAGCACUGUCUCAGGUGUGUGUGUGUGUUUUUUUUUUUUUCACUUGCCAAGUGGUUUUAAAAAGUGGAUUUUUUUAUUGCACUGUUAAAACUUUUUUUUUUUUAACUACCAAAAUGAGAGAACAGUCUUGCAGACAAGCAAGACAACUUUUGAGAUGAAUCACAUUCCCUUUUUGUCCUGCUGCACUUACUUACUGCAUCCCAACCAACAGACUUUUUGCCAGACCAGUGAAACCACAAUGCUAAUGAUAAUAUACAAGUACAGAAAAAGGGGAACAUGAAGUAAGAGGACUGUCUGCCUCUGUGCUGAAGAAGCAAACUCAGCACAAAUGUAAAGCUGGAGACUGUGCUAAACCUCGAUACAGGCUGGUCAGAACAAGUAGUAGUAGGAAAAAUGAGUAAUACAUUGGUUUUCUAACUCAUUUAAUAUAAUAGACCACUUGUAAUAGAGGUUUGACAUGGUCAUAUAAGUCAAAAAGCAGCACUUUUUUAUAACAAAAAAAAGUACAAAUAAGCAUCCAGUGGUGAAGGUCUGGUUGAAAACAUAGGUACUAACAAUGUAAUAAAGGGGCUUUCAGUAAGGCAGUGCAGCUUAGGAUAUUAAAGCAUUAUUCACUAUGUUAGAAACCUAAGUUUACAUUUUUUUUCUGUCUUUGAAACCUAGCUAACACUAGCUCGCUUGUGCACGCUUUUAUCGAAAUCCUUCUGGCAACUAAAGAAAACGGCUUCUGACAGUGACAGACAAACUGCAGAAUGUUAAUAAAGUGAUCUUAUCUCAGUGGCCUUGUUGCAGAGAAACACCGUAACACGGUUCUUCGUUUCACUCGCCGUCUGCUCUAACCAAUGUUCUCGUUUGUGUUUGUCCACGCCUGUAUGUUCUUUGACCUUUCAGUGUUUAUUCAAAAAAAUGAAAAAGGGAAGAGAAAAAAAAGGUCCUUUUUUUUAAAAGUAAGUUUGAUAAAGAAUGAAACUUUGUCUAUGAUGAUAAAUGGUGAAUAUUAUCUCUUUUUUUCCAUUUUUGUGGGCAUUCUUACUUUUUUUUGUUUUCUUUUUUUUUUUUUACAACCAUUUUAGUUUUUCUCCUGACUACCCUGAUUUACCCCUCAUCCCAGUUUGUGGGUGGCAGCUGUUGAUCAGUGCCCCCCACCUCCCACACUCCACCCUCCCUGAGAAACACUUAGCAGACAUAGGGUUGUAGACUAAACAAUUCUUCAGUUGUAAACUUGUCUAAAUGCAGUUUGCAGUCAUUUUGUUGUUGUUUUUAUCUUAGGGAAACUGCGGUAUAGAAUAAGCUUUCAGGUUUGGUCAGUACCAUAGUCCAUUUUGGUUGGGCUUCAGAAGUAGUCCAGUGUCAAAACUAAGCUAAAUUCCUGACCUAGUAAUAAAGGCAGGAACUGAAAUGUUCAGAGAUUAAAAAAAAGAAGAAGAAAACUUAGGUGAAGGGGUCUGAAACAUUUUAGAAACGAAGUGCAAUAUUACUCACUGAAUUUUCUUUAUUCUCCAUUUGUUUCUGUUUGUAUCUUAUUGUUUUGUCUGUUAAUCAUGAUGAUGUGUAGUUAUUCUAUGAAUAUACUAUGUUCUGAAUGAUUUAACCUUUGUCUUGUUUUUCCUUUUGAUUUAAAUAAAACACUUUAAAUUAAAA